UCCUGCAAUAGCCAGGCCCUUGGUUUUUUGCUCUCGGCGGGGCAGGACCUCGUAUUUGCUGGGGAAAGACCAAUACCUGGGGCACGCAAGAAUGUGGUCAGUCAUCCUUCUGUUAGCCACAGUGCUGGCCAACGUGGCAGCGGUGGCAUCAUCUCCAGACAAAAUGCUGGACUCUCAGUGGGAGCUUUGGAAGAAAACCCACAGGAAGGAGUACAGUGGCAAGAUGGAAGAAGUUCCCCGAAGGGUCAUAUGGGAGAAAAACCUGAGAUACAUCAACAUCCAUAACCUGGAAUUCUCCCUGGGAAGACACACGUUUGAGUUGGCUAUGAACCACCUGGGGGACCUGACCAGCGAGGAGGUCAUCCAGACCAUGACUGGGCUUAAAGUGCCUCCAUCCCGUGUCCAGAAUAAUGAGACUCUUUACAUCCCCGACUGGGAGAAGCAGGUCCCUGAUGCUGUGGAUUACCGGAAGAAGGGCUACGUAACCCCGGUCAAAAACCAGGGUCAGUGUGGUUCUUGCUGGGCGUUUAGCUCGGCUGGCGCUCUGGAGGGGCAGCUGAAGAAGAAGACGGGCAAAGUGCUCAACCUCAGCCCCCAAAACCUGGUCGACUGCGUCACCAGCAACAGCGGCUGCGGCGGGGGGUACAUGACCAACGCCUUUGAGUACGUGAAGGAGAACCGGGGGAUCGAUUCGGAUGAUUCCUAUCCCUACAUAGGCCAGGAUGAAAAUUGCAUGUACAACCCCACUGGCAAGGCCGCCAAGUGCCGUGGUUACAGAGAGAUCCCGGAAGGAAAUGAGCGGGCUCUGAAAAGGGCCAUAGCCCGGAUCGGCCCCGUAUCCGUGGGCAUCGAUGCCAGUCUGCCCUCCUUCCAGUUCUACAGCCGAGGUGUGUAUUACGACGAAAACUGCAACGCUAGUAACAUCAAUCACGCCGUCCUGGCAGUGGGUUAUGGAACGCAAAAGGGCACCAAGCACUGGAUCGUGAAAAACAGCUGGGGGGAAGAAUGGGGUGACAAAGGCUAUGUCCUCAUGGCCCGGAAUAUGGACAACGCCUGUGGAAUUGCCAACUUAGCCAGUUUCCCAAAGAUGUGACCAGUGGCGGCCUGAUCUGGUACCAGAGCCUGCUCCUUGGCUGGCCAACGGCUGGGCUCCCGAGCUGACGAGAGGGACCAAUGACACAGAAAAGAGCUGUUUUGCUUCAUAUGUGGGGCUGAGCGCGUAUUAAAAAGAUUUCCUUCCAGUUUUUUUU